GCCUUCUCACCAUCCCCUCCUUCGCCCUGCGAGCCUCCUCCUCGUGCAGACCGUCCCUUCCUCCGCCCCAUUUCCCUCCUCAAUAUCGGUCUCCGUCCCCUUUUUCGUCCACUUCAGCCACGGAUUCUGCAUCUUCUUUCGCCCGGUUCCCUGGCGCGGCGCCUUUUCCACCGGCCUUGCCUGUGCCCAACACCCAGUCAAAGCUCUUGCUAGCCAGUUCGGCAACAGCAGGAAGAGCGGGGGUAGCAGGAGCAGCAUCAGGUGUAGAAGGAGCAGCAGGAGCAGGGGCAGCCGGAGCAGCAGCAGGAGCGGGAGCAGGCAUAGUAGAUAAGCCAGCAGGCCCUGGUGCGGAAGCAGGUGAAAACGCAGCGGGAGGUGGGAAAUCCCCUGUCUUCUCUGUCCCGUACGCAAGACCAGUGGAGAUGGGCAAAAUUCCCACCACUGGGCCUGGCAGUGGCACUUGGAGCGGCUCUGGCGGUGCUGCUGCCAUGGGUGAGGGCCCUCGCCUCCUCUCCCUCCCUCCUGACCUGUGGGUUCUGACACAGAAGCAGCAUGAGAAGCAGCAAGAGAUGCGGCAGACUCAGGAGAGGCUGCAGGUUGAAGGACGGGAGACACAAGAGGAGCGCAACGAACAGCAAUGGACACAGGAGGAGCAGACACAGCAGCAAGAAAGAGAGCAGGGGCUGCCGAAUCGGUUGAGAGAGAUGACUCCAGGAGCAUCAAGCGCAGCACCAGCAUUACUCUUGCCUGCACCGCCACACCGGCCACACGUCCCAGCGCCGUCGCAACCCCUUUCCGAUGCCCCCUCCCGCGUGCCAUCACAUGAGUCGUCAUCACCAACAGCGUCAGCAGCCAUGCAGCAUGUGAUCAGCUCACUUGCUGCCUCCUCUUCCGCCUCACCACUCUCCGCAGCACCCCUCACUGCUCCCAUUGCGGCUCCUGCUGCCGCUCCUGUGUUCCCAUCCUCCCCGCAACCUUUUUCCACAGCGCCAUUCUUGAAGCCUUCUCACCAAUCCACCCACUCCGUGCUUCACCGAAGUCCCCUCUCUCUGCCUCUACACCAAUCCACACUCUCCUCCUCAUCGUCUCACCUAUUGUCGUCACCAAAGCAACCUCUUUUCCAGCCAGGUCACUUGAACCUUCCCUUUCAAUCAGCACCUCAGCACACUGGGUUCAGCCCCCCACUCUCCCCCUUACCUACAUACAUGCCGCUACAAAUGCCCAUAAUGCCAUGGGGUACUCCCACGACUGCUCCUACUCCUACUCCUGCUCCCAUUCCUGCUCCUGCUCCUGCUACUGCCCCCCCUCCUCCCCCUGCGGAACCACCACACCACCUACCCAACACCGCUGCCGGCACCACUGCCAGCAGGGCUGCCACCGAUUUCACACCCAGCUUCCCCUUCCAGAACAUGCUGGACAUGCAGGGUCCUGGGGAGUCGUCCUGUGUAGACGGCCAGUUCGGAAUGAGCCCCAUGGACGCAUUCGCAGGGAGGCUGCUGCUAGAGCCGGAGCCCGAACCAGAGGCCGAGUCCCACCGAGUGUACAUGGGAGAGGGGCCUGAGAUGUCGUGGGAGGAUGUGCUUGGGGGGGACUCGUGGAACGAUAUCUAGUGGUUAAGCUGCAGCAGCUUUAUGUGGUUUCAUGCGAUUUAUAUCACUCUCAGAGCUGACGAGAAGAGCCGUAGUGCGUGAUAGAGAGUGGUGCAGAGUGGUACAGUACCAUGAUGUGGUUCCAGCAGAGCAGAGCUGUUAUGGCUGGAAAAUGU